AUGGAUUUUCGGGUCAGUACAACAAAGAAACCAUUGGGCAUUGCACUUGCUUUUUAUUCUGGACUUUGGGCGUACGAUGGUUGGAAUUGUUUGAAUGCAGUAACAGAGGAGCUCAAAAAUCCGAAAAGAAAUCUAUGGCUUGCCAUUAUUUUGGCUUUACCAUCUAUCAUCGUCAUAUAUCUUCUUACGAACAUAUCCUAUUUCACAGUGAUGGAUAAAGCGACAUUGCUUAGUUCGGAUGCUGUCGCUGUGACAUGGGGAAAUGUUGUUUUGGGACCUGUCGUUCGUAUUCUACCCAUUCUCAUAUCUAUCAGCGCACUGGGUGGUUGCAAUGGAUCUCUAUUUAUGAGUGGCCGUUAUUGUAUGGUUGGUGCUCGUUACGGCUAUUUACCAGAAGUAUUUGCUUGUAUUCAAAAGCAACGAUUGACACCAUUGCCUGCAAUUGUUCUCGAGGGAAUACUUUCGAUGGUUUAUUGCAUUCCCAGCAAUAUCCAAUCAUUAAUCGAAUUUUUCAGUUUUGUCGCUUGGAUGUUCUAUGGAUUAACAUUUGUUGCAACUCUGUGUUGUAAAUUUACGAAAAAAGAAGUCGAUCGAGUGAUUAGUGUUCCAAUACCGUUGAUUAUUAUCAUUAUUCUAAUUUCCAUCUAUCUGGUUAUUUCGCCGGUAAUUUCCAAUCCGAAUAUUGGUUUUCUUGUUGCUUUGAUUCUUAUUCUAUUCGGCUUAAUAUUCUACUAUCCGUUCGUCUAUCGUAAAAUCGAACUGAAAUUUAUACAACAAAUCAACGCCUUUCUCAAACGAUGCUUUCAAUUGGAAAAGGCCGAUAUAAACAUGAAAAUCAUACUUACUCCUGAAGAAAUGAAUAAUCUUUUAAAAACUGGAGCUGUUUCUACUGCAUCGGCUGCAAUGCCUAUAACAACAUCGGUCUUGUUAGAAUUGGUCAAUCCUAAUGAGACUCAACCAACUGUAAAGACACCUUUGAGUGGUUAUGAAAAGCAACCAUUAAUGUCUCUGGAAGAAGCAUUGAAACCUGUUGAUCAUCUAAUAGAGGAUCUGCGAAGACAUGUAGCUAUUGCUAAAAAGCAUUGUACAAAGCCUAAAGAUGGAUUAACACAAGAUGAGUCGGCUUCUAUUAUGGUCUAUGGUAUGGAAUGGGAAGAAAGUCCUCUUUAUAAGAUAUUAAAUGUCGCACUACGUUCGGAUGACAGACAUAAAAUAAAACCAUGGUUUCCAUAUUUGAAAUUAUUCAUGACAGCGCUGCAUAAAUUGCCAUCAUUUCAAGGAAUAGUUUGGCGUGCUGUUCAAAUCGAUCUCAGUAACCAAUAUAGUAAAGGUCAACGUAUGAAUUGGUGGAGUGUAUCAUCCACAACUCGUGAUGCAUCAGUAUUCGAAAAUUUUAUACAUCAGUCUGGCAAGCGUACAGUGUUUACAAUUGAAUGUAAAAAUGGAAAACUCAUCAACAAUCAUUCUCAAUAUCCUAGCGACGACGAAGUGUUAUUAAUGCCAGGAUUUUACUUUGAAGUUACAAGUGUAUUCAAACCAGCAGUUGAUAUGUAUAUAAUCAGCUUAAAAGAAAUUGAUUCACCAUGGUAA